CUCUCCCAUAUUUCUUCCUAGAGAAAGAGUUCCGCGAAAUGCGGACACAGAUAGGAUGCUGGUCCACAGAUAGGAUGCUGGUCCACAAGGGUUUCUCUCUUACCUCUUUCUCCUGACCUUCGGUUGGUGACUGUCCUCCUCUCUGUUUCUGUCUUCCUCCAUCUUGCCCUAGUUCACAUUUCUAUGUGGUUUUGGAGUAUCCCUCUCACUUCAUUCUAUUUGUUUCGAUAUUUGUCACUUUCCGGGUUUCUGCCCUUCCCGCCAUGCCCUCACUUAUCUCAAUUCUUGUCUCCGUUUCUAGGGAUUCCCUCAACCUACCGGUCUCGUUCUCCUUGUCUCUCUUCCCAUUUCCCGACUCUUGCUUUUCUCAUCUCUAGCGCUAUCUUUCUGCUGCUCACCUCGUUUAAUCUGUGCAACGUUUUGUUCCUGUUUUGUCUUUCCCGCAGAUGUUUCGGUACCAAAUGCGCCGGUUGCGCGCAGGGCAUCUCCCCCAGUGACCUGGUGCGGAGGGCACGAAGCAAGGUGUUCCACCUGAAUUGUUUCACCUGUAUGAUGUGUAACAAGCAGCUGUCCACUGGGGAGGAGCUCUACAUUAUAGACGAGAAUAAAUUCGUCUGUAAAGAAGAUUACCUAAGUAAUAGCAGCGCCGCCAAAGAGAACAGCCUGCACUCGGCCACAACGGGAAGUGACCCCAGUUUGUCCCCUGACUCCCAAGACCCGUCCCAGGACGACGCCAAGGACUCGGAAAGCGCUAAUGUAUCUGACAAAGAGACUGGUAGCAAUGAGAAUGACGAUCAGAACUUGGGUGCAAAGCGGAGAGGACCACGCACCACCAUCAAGGCCAAGCAGCUGGAAACACUCAAGGCUGCCUUCGCUGCCACUCCUAAACCCACUCGUCACAUUCGAGAGCAGCUGGCACAGGAGACCGGCCUCAACAUGCGAGUCAUCCAGGUCUGGUUCCAAAACCGACGUUCCAAGGAGCGGCGAAUGAAACAGUUGAGCGCUCUGGGCGCCCGGCGCCACGCCUUCUUUCGCAGCCCACGCAGGAUGCGGCCGCUUGUAGAUCGCCUGGAGCCGGGGGAACUCAUCCCCAAUGGACCUUUUUCUUUCUAUGGAGAUUACCAGAGCGAGUACUAUGGCCCCGGAGGCAACUACGACUUUUUCCCGCAAGGCCCUCCUUCAUCGCAGGCGCAAACACCCGUGGACUUGCCCUUCGUGCCAUCGUCAGGCCCGUCGGGAACCCCCUUGGGAGGUUUAGAUCAUCCCCUGCCCGGCCAUCACCCGUCCAGCGAGGCGCAGCGCUUCACUGAUAUACUCGCUCACCCACCUGGAGACUCUCCGAGCCCGGAACCCAAUCUUCCCGGACCCCUGCACUCCAUGUCGGCUGAAGUCUUCGGACCCAGUCCGCCCUUCUCUUCGCUGUCAGUCAAUGGAGGGGCGAGCUACGGUAACCAUCUUUCCCACCCUCCCGAAAUGAAUGAGGCAGCAGUGUGGUAGCCGGAGCUUCUCCGGAGCCAAGUUGGACUUGCGUGGUUGUACAGAAACAAGUCGUUAUUAAAAAACAAACAAACACACACACAAUAACUAAACAAACAAAAAAAAUCACAAAAACAGAACCAGGCCCCAAGCAGCUUCCUCUCUUCCCACCAGAGAGACCUUUCUCCUCCUUGGGACGUGGUAGGAAGGGAAGGGAAAACUUGGGGGUGACUACAAAUUGAGAUCCGAAUGCACCCUGAGACAGGAUUGGAGUUCCAGUCCCCGGGGCGACAAGCAGGAUUUUGGGGUCAAAUCAGACUAAGGCGCAAACUCAAAAACGUUCCCCAAUCUGCGUAAAAACUCAAGGAGCCUCGCCUCGAUGGCAAUCCAGUGAGCUCACGGAAGGUUGAGGAGAACGGCAAGGACUAGCCCUGCUAAGGACAGCUCGGGGCAGCUCCUGGGAGGUGAUGAGGGUGACGAUCGGCCGGUCUAACCGGCGCCCAGGAUGCACAGAGUGGAGACGAAGGACGCCGGCACAAGUCGAGAACCAAGCUAAUAAAAGAAGGAAGGAGGAAGAGAAGCGAAGCGAAUCCAAAUCAGGGAGGGAAAAGGCCGGCCCUGAAGCAUUCAGUUCUGGGCUAGGAUGAAUGAAGCUUCUAGCUCUAGAAACCUUCGAUUAGUUUUUGUCUCUCAGAAUUUAGUAACAGCGACAAACAACAAACUUUUACCUUCAGAAACACCGAUCUGCUGUGCAUCAGGUGGGACAAUUUUUUUUUUGUCUGUCUGUCUAUCCGGUUCUUUUCGGCCAAAAUUACAAAUAUGAAAUGCCCUAAUCAUCAACUCUACCUUCAAAAGCUACGCGCAGGCACACACACACACACACACACACAC